CUAAUUAGCAUCAUUGCUCCUUUUGAACAACAUUACGAGAAAAUAAUUUCUUCUCUUGGAGAAGCUAUCGAGCUAGUAGCUGGCUGCAGAAAGAGCUAGACUACAAGACAAGGCACUGGGAGUUCAGAGAGCCUCUCCAAGCGGAAACUCGGUACGCAGGCACAGUAAGCUAAGUACUAACAGACGCAAGCUAGCCGGCCGCCAUCUUGUAAGCUGGGAGGAGUACCAAGCCUUGCUUUGAGGCCUGGAGGUUAGCAUGGAUGAGGUGGUGUCAGACUUGCCAGUGGAGGUCUCCAUGGUCACUGAGGUCUCCUCUGAAACAAUGGAGCUAUCCAACAAUAGUGAUGGUGUGGCUGAAGCUCAACCCAACGACCUCAUAUCUCAAGCAAGAGAGGACCUGAAUACGAAACACAUUACCAUGGAAACUGUACAAUACGAAGUGGUAACCAGCGAUACGAACAUGCUCAUCACAGGAAUGUCUGAACAAUCUACCGAGACUACACCCACUAUUGAGAUAGCCCCGCCCGUCUCUGAACUACAUCCUGGACGAAGAUUAUCAUAUUCGUCAGAAAAAGAUGCAAUAAUAGCUCAACACGUGAGAGAGUGCCGUGCUAGAGGGGAGAAAAUGACCACUCAGCAGAUCUGUGCCUACGCUAAGGAAAUUGUCCAGGGGGAAAACCCCCACUUUACAGCCUCGUCAGGAUGGGCGCAACGAUUCCUCGCAAGACAUUCCCUCGAUAUUGGUCGAAGAAGACUCAGCGACCAAUCAAAAGGUGGCCGCCCACUCUCGUACUUGACGGACACGGAUAACCAGUUAGCCGACUACGUAAGAAGCCGUAUAUCCGAGGGCCAAGUGUUCACUAACUCAGAGCUGAGGAAACACGCUCGAGAAGUCGUUACAAAAGAAAACCCAAACUUCACUGGAUCUGCAAGUUGGGCUCAGAACUUUCUACACAGACACAAAAUAUCCCUCCAAUCAAUCACCUAUGAUUCCACAGACUCUUCUUCACUUCUCACACAGCCUACGACGACGUCACUAUCGGACAAUUCGAUUGGUAUAGCUGCCGAGAUAACGCCCACCACCUCUCAUCCGAGCCUGUACUCUGACCCCUCUCAUGACGAGACCAUAAAGACAGCCCUUGCUAUUCUUGCUGGUGAAAAUAUUGACACCAGCGCCCUCUCGGACAUGGCUAGUACGGACCCUGUGUCACUAGUGGACCUACUCACCAAUGCUCAGCAGUUACAUGGUGACGAUGGUGGAGUCUCACUCAUAACAUCCGGCCUAGAGUCUGGGUCUGGGAGCAUUUAUCUGAACCUCGGGGGAGCCGAUGGGUUCACUGGAGGCUUCACCACUCAGGUUGACCCCAUCACCCAGGCCCCAGUGACCCAGUCUAAAGCACACGAUGUGGUGGCCCAGGCUAGCAGACCACUCUCCUAUACCAGAGAGACUGACCUACAACUGGCCAAGUGGGUACAAGACCAACAAGCUACCGGCAAGAAAGUGACAUUCGCUUCAUUAAGAGCUCAAGCUAAAAAACUCAUUUGUCAGGAGAACCCAAGUUUCAAUGCAUCUAUUGGUUGGGUGACGCCUUUCCUACUGCGCCACAAUCUGGACUUGAAUCUGAACAGGAAGAAACCUCGAGACUCUACCGAUAACCCCUCUAGCACACUGGCCGAAGGGGUUAAACCAAUAAUGGAUGAGAGUCUACACACUGCUGAAGCUCCAAUGCUAACUCCCGACCUGCUAGCCACGGCUAUAGCAACAUCACUUGUGGAACAAGCUAACAGUCAUCUUCCCUCGCUGGCUGAACAUGCUCGCCUAGUGCUAGCACAGAGUGGACUGACCCUAACCCCUACCACACAGACCCUGUCAUUACUAUCUCCCUCCCCUUCUCAUCGAGCUACCAGAACACUGGACAUUGAUGGCAGCUCAGAGAAGAAGGAGAGGUCACGAAACAGGCACACACUAGCAGAGAAGCUUGAGGUGGUUCGUCUCAUGAAGGAGUACAAUGUGGCCGCUCAUUACGUCUGUAGAACACUCGGUAUUGCUAACUCAACAUUUGCAGGUUGGACUAAACUAGUGAGUCAGAAAGGAGCGGAACUGGAGGCAUUAUCGUCCAAUCGGAAGAGAGCGAAUGUUAAAGGGCAGGGGCGUCCCCUCAGCUACUCUAGGGAGACUGAUGAGGCUGUUGCUAAGUGGGUCAUAACCCAGCAACAGUUGGGAGUACAAGUAACACCUGCUGAACUUGGCAAGUAUGCCACAUCGUUGAUACUGCCAGAGAGCGCAAACUUUACAGCUUCCAGUGGUUGGCAGCAGAAGUUCUUACAGCGACACAGCCUUCAACUACACAGCACCUGGAGUCAUAAGACCACACCCCUCACCACACUAGAGGACAAACUAUCAGCAGAGGACCAGACGUCCAUUCCCGCCCCCAUACAAACAGAGGAGGUGGUGGCCAACGAGCUGAAUUCCUCAGCCCCAGAGUGGGUGUUUGGAUCAGAGCUGGACAGUGGACUAGCCCAGUGGGUUAAGGAUCAAGUGGCUGACCUCGGGAGCUUUGCUGUGGCUGCUGUGUGCAAGAGGGCGGAGGAGCUCUCUCAGAAUACAGGGUUCAAGGCUAACCUCGGGUGGGCGUUCAAGUUCCUGCAUCACCACAACAUCAUGCUGGACCCCAAACCAACCAUCUCCCAACUCUGUGCUACUGCUCUCAACAGGAAGCGAUCAUCCGGUGACCUUACCGCGACCCCUAAGAAGCCACGCCUCUCUGUCCCGUCCCCUGACAUGGCAACCAUGUCCCCCAGUACUGGUAACCUUUGUGAAGCGUUAUUAGCGCUGUCCAAUCAGAAUGCUUCUGACGAGCCCUGUCCUGCCAGCAUGCAAGCAGCCAUUCAAACGCUACAAUCUGCAGUAGCUCAAGUUAUGCAACAGCAACAGCUAGAGGAGUCCUCAGAGGUCAAAGGUCAAACCACCACCCCUGUAAAAGAGAAGAAACUAGACUCUACAAAUCCUCAGUCAUCGAACACAUACUUCCAUAAGCCAGCGAGGGAGUUUUCUUCUGAUGAGAAAGAAGAGGUGGUUCGUUAUGCCAAUGCUACAACUCUUCAGAAGGCAGCAGUCAAGUAUGGAGUGGCUGCCCCCACAGUGUGGAGGUGGAGGGUGGAGCUCAAGCUGCACCAGCCAAAGUACACCACCAUGCAAAAGAGAUACAUUAUCAAGUUUGCUGAGGCUAACUCCCUCAAGGAGGCCUCCACCAGGUAUGGGAUAUCGGGUAAAACCAUUCAGAACUGGCGCAAGUCUUUCUCUGGAGAUGGUGUAGACGUGCCCGCCCACGCACUAGAGGAGGUAGCAUCGUCAGCACUAGCUACAGAGGUCAUGGACCCACGACCCAGCGAACACAACACAUCAGAUGUAGUCACAUACGAUAAUCAGAACUUUCAAUUCAUUGUAGACGGAGGGGAGGUGGUUGAAAGUGCACAGAGGUCAGAGGUCACCUUGCCUCAGGGGGUAAUGGACGAGGAGCCCCUCUCGUUAGAGGUCACUAACGAAGUGGACAUUGAGAAUGUUGGAAUGGAAUAUGAUAUAGUCUCGUCGGAAGGUCACGCUGCUAAACCACGCUGCACUCCGGAGGAGAAGGAACACAUUCUACAGUUCGCUUUGGACCACUCAGUGCGCGAAGCAUCUAACAAGUACGGUAUAUCACAAGGCACUCUCUAUUAUUGGAAGAAGAAUAUGAGCAGCUCUGGAGGGACUACACAGGACACACCCACUCUUGUCAAGACCACACCCCUUUCUAGCAACGUCCAAUUACUGGCCUCUCAAGUGGUCAGUAGUGGCACUGAACAAUACAGCCAUCACACAACUGCGAGCAAUGCUCUAGCCAAUGACUCACUCACUUAUGUUAAUUUUCUCAAUACUGUUUCAUCGUUGCUUACCUCCGAUGGAGAACACGAUAAGAACAAAUCCUCUCAUGUACUGCACUCCCCCACGGACAUGCUCGUUACACCCUUUACACCACAUACCGAUAUCGAAACCACGGCAACAGUCACCAUAGUAACAUCAGAGGGGAGCAACGGUGAUCCUAUGCAAGUGGAGGAGAGCAGUGAGACUAACGAACUAAGCAGUAGCGUUGGCAUGGAAACGAUGAAUGCUGAUGAAGUGGAUAUAUCCCAAACAGUAGAGCUGGUGGAGUCAGAGGAGGUCACCUCUCAAGACCCUCUUCAGGCUGUAGAGCUAGUAGAAUCAGAGGAGGUCACGACUCAACAAGCUGUAGAGCUGGUGGAGUCAGAGGAGGUCACCACCACUCAAGAUCAUGACACUAGUAGCCAUGAACAAUAACUGACCGUGUGUGUGCUUGUUAGAAUGUAUAUAUAUACAGAUGGUCAUGUGUUGUAUUGUGUAUACUGUGUUUAUUCUCUGUUGUGUUUUUAACCAUUGUUCCAUAUUUGUCAAUUAUCUA